ACAACGAGUGUGGUGUCACGUGACUUACAACCGGAAACGUGAACCUUGUAAACGAACGAGUCGAGGCGGAAGCUUUUUGUUUGUUUGUUUUGUGUUUAUGUUAUCGUUUUAAAGGCUGCAACUUAGCGAUAACAGACCUAUAAUUUCUGUUUCUGUAAGCGUUUGGAGGCUAGUCCGCGUUUCUAGACGCGACUCCCCGUACUGCAGUCGGAAAACAAGUUAGCAUUCGCGCUAGUUGGCUAACAGCCCGGAUGUCGGAAGAUGGGGACCCGUCUCUGCCCCUGGUUCGCUCCCAACACAGCCGCAUUCCCAUGAGUCUCGUGUUCUGCAACCGCAGCCCUCGAGUGGUACGGCCACUGUGGAUUGAUUUCCGCGGGGAGCCACGGGCGUACAACGAUUUGCAGCCGAGAACGGGACGAAUCAUGAACACCUACGUGGGCCACCCGUGGAUGUUCAAAGAUGUAGAGAGUGAUGACCUGUUGAGGGUGAACAACAAAGAGCUCUUCCUGCCUGCUCUGGCAGAUGGUGGAAGUGCUGCAUUUGUAAAUAUUACUCUGCCAGUUUACAGCCUCAAGGAGCGCGCCCUUCAGGUGAUCCGACACCUGGUACGGCCCGAGGAUUACAGAAGUUUGGAAAUAGCGCGGUGCCUCAUCGAGGAGCUGGAAGACCCGCCCAGUUUGUUGAAAAGUCUACAGCGGUUGAAUCAACGUGUAGAGCGCCAUCUACUCGACAGAAUCCAGGGCCUAGGGGAGUGAUCUGUAUCACUCUUGGACUGUAGCUUAGCAACAAGGCAAGCAGAUAAAGACUAAGCUUUUCCUUUUCAUUGUUGGAUUGUUCGAACAGCUGUUUCAGAAACGUCCACCUUUCAUUAUGACUGAAGAUCCUACUUAACUAAUCUGUUGCUCUUUGUCAGCUCCAUUUUCUCUCAGUAAGAGGAAUGUGGGCUGUGUUAGAUAAAAAUGUCUUCUGUGAAGUCGCAUUGUUAUUGGUCCAUUGAACAUGGGCAACCUUAUCUGCCUUCAUGACCAAUGGGGUGCUUCCCAAGUAGGAUGUGCGCUUCGAAAAUAUGCUAUACAAGUCUUGGUCUUCAGAGGUUCUCUCUCACUGUGAACCCGGCACCAGACAGUCAGCCCGGACCAUCAGCAGUAAGACGAUGAUCUAUAGAGGAGCUUUCAGCACCCAAAGACAUAGAUGCUGGCCUCCAGAACCCAGAAGAGAGACAAGAAUUACGGAAUGAACAUGACGUGUUCUAUACAUUAUAAUUCCAAAUGAAUGCAGUGCAACCUCUAAAGCCAAACACAAUCCAUCCCAGGAUGUAGGUGUUAAUAUUUCAAAACAAAACAUCUCAGAGGGAACAAAGACCAUCAUAAAACCAUUAUUAGCUCUUAAAUGUUAUGUUUAAGUAAUCUUUUUAACAUUCUUAACUGUUGCUGGGCUUUUGCCUUAUUAUUUGUGCUACGCUCCUGUUACGUUGGAAUAAGUUCCAUUUCCAAUAUUAUGGUUGUCAUGACACUUUUCCUCGUUUUUAUCAGUGGGGCCCUGCUUUGGUGCCAUCAGAACAAAACAUUUAAAAAGCCAAAGAAAAAGCAAGACAAGUUAACCCUUUAUAAUCCGUAAAUUCUGUCGCCCCCCCUAGGCUCAGUAUUACAACAACAGAAACUGUCGCUUCAGGAUGGCGUAGGCAGCCCCUUGUAUGUGAUGAUUCGACUAACAUUCCACAACAUUUUUAUUCUGUUUUGAAGGACAGACAGUGGGGAAACUGAGAUGGUUUCUUCGGAAGAAGCAGCUGUUGGAAAUUUACUAUUAUUGCUGCAUUUUGUCCAUGCAUUGGUCAGACAGUGGUGAACUUCUUUUAUUUUACGUCAGGCGCCUUGUUGGGUAGCUAAGGGGUCCUCGGUAAAAGGUGUCAUUUCUGUGCCAUCAUUUUCCGCUACGCCAUUUUUGGUUACCACCAAGUGGGAGAGCUCGGGAAAUGAAUCGGGCAUUCGCUAAAUAUUAAGAAAAAAAAUACUGACAAAUACAGCAAGAUGUCAGAGGCACAUUAAUCAGCAUUGUAACAUCUUUAGUAGUGGCUUGGGUGAAAGGGACUUAAAACAAAAAAAUUGUUACAUAGUGCAGGUUAAAAUCUGGUGCCUUCAAGUGGCGGACCGCAGUUCGGGUCCGGACCGAGUCAAAGUCUCAGGCGGACCCAUGGUCAUUGCCGUUAAAUAAUGAUAUUACAUGCCGUCACGUGGUGUUUUUUUUCUAUCACAUGCCACUUUCACAGUCUGUGUAUGAGCUACACGCAGUAUUACGGUAGCCCCUGUUGUGAUCAUGUGACCAUAAUGAGCCUAUCAAACCAUCAUCCUCACUGUUCAGAGGUCGUGGGGUCAAAUCCGGUCUCCAGCCUUCCUAUGGGUUGUUUGAAUUUCAAGGUUCCACUUCAUUGACGUCUGUAACUGCUCGGCAUUUAAAUGUACGACUUCAUCCUCAGUUAAAUAUUUAUAUAUAUAUAGCUUUACUUUUGUAUGACCUCACAGUUCUGAGGAGCGGGGUUCAAUCCCCGGCCCUGCUGUGGAGUUUGCAUGUUCUCCCCGUGCCUGCGUGGGUUUUCUCCGGACACUUCGGUUUCCUCCCACAUCCCAAAAACAUGCGCGGUAGGUUAAUUGACGACUCUAAAUUGCCCGUAGGUGUGAAUGUGAGUGCGAAUGGUUGGUUGUGCAACCAGUUCAGGGUGUACCCCGCCUCCUGCCCGAUGAUAGCUGAGAUAGGCUCCAGCACGCCCACGACCCUAGUGAGGAGAAGCAGCUCAGAAAAUGGAUGGAUGGACUUUUCUAUGAAAUAUUAUCAAAUGCAGGUGAGAAUAUAUUGGUGUGUAGGUUUUGUAAACAUAUGCUAUUUACCUUGAAUUAUAUUAAAUGUUACUCAUUUUCUCCUGUAUGUGCCUUUAUUUGUCAAAGCUUUGGUUUAAGUUACAAUCUGUUAAUGUGUGAGAGAGAAUUUAAAUUCAAUCACACUCAUGAAAUCAAAUACAGAAGUCAGUCUCACUAUUUUGUAUAUAUUUGCUACAUAUAUCUAUUGAGCAAGCAUUUGAAGACGUUUUUUUUUUUUUUUUUUUUUUACAAGUAUGAUUGUACAGUGCAUCCAGGAAGUACUAAUAGCGCUUUCCUUUUUCCACAUUUUAUGUUAGAGUGUUACUCCAAAAUGGAAUAAAUUCCAUGUUUUGUGGUCCAGCCAGAGCCCAUACUUGAAUCUGAUUUUAAACAGUUCUACAGAGAUGGGAAAAUGGCUACGCACAGACCCUCACGAUCUAACUUGAUGGAGCUUGAGAGGUGCUACAAAGAGGAAUGGGCAAAACUACCCGUGAUUUUAGAAAAGAUUUUAGGCUUUAUUUGCUAACAAAUGUGCAUCAAUUAAGUAUAAGGAUGUGCAUACUUUCGUACAUGAGAAUGCUUAGUUUUGUAUUUUAGUUUUUUCAAGUGGUCAUUAUGGGGUGUUGUGUGUAUUUUUGGCAGAAAAUUUAUUGUAUUUAUUUUAUAAUAAGAUGCUAACAUAUACAGUGCAUAUAAAAAGUCAACACACCUGUUCAAA